AUGCCUUCCAAAGAUGUGAGCUCGACGCUGCGUGUCAGCCUGAAAGAGCACUUCGAUACCGGACUCUACAGCGACCUUCGCAUCAAGGACAGAAACGGCCAUGAGUACGCCGUCCACCGCAACAUCGUCUGUGGACAGAGCCCUGUCCUCGCCAACGCCUGCAAAACCGAGCAUGGUUUCAAGGAAGCUCAGACCGGCGUCAUUGACCUCGAACACGACGAUCCCGAUGCCGUAAAGGCCAUGCUUGAAUUCAUGUACACCGGCUCUUACAAGACUGAGGGUGACGAGAUUGGUAUAACGCAAAUCGCCCGCAUCUACGCGCUCGGCGAGAUGUACUGCGUGUCAGAACUCAAGGAGGUUGCCGCGACCCAGUUCAAAGAGCUCUCGUCUACCUGCUGGAGCCAUUUCGACUUCGCCAACGCCGUCAAGAUCAUCUAUGAGUCGAUUCCGAGUGGCAGCGGCGUGUGCACUAUCCGUGAGAUGGCUGUGAGUGUCAUUGUUGAGCACUACAUUGCCUUGCUCGACAAGCCUGAGUUCCAGACCAUCCUGGAAGAUUUCGGCGCGCUGGGGAUGGAUGUUCUACGUGUUAUGGCGAGCCACAAAGUCGAAGUGCCCAAGAAGCCCAAGAAGUACAUUUGCCCUGGCAGCCGUAAAAAAAAGAAUCACAUGGUUACUCCAGGCUAUGACUUGGAUAAAAGGUCGGGGUACUACUGCUGCGAAAUUUGUGGAACGGACUACUCUUGCUAUUCCUUCCAACUUGUCGAGGAAAACUGA